AUGGCUGAAGCGAAGGCGGCGGAGAUCAAGAAGCUGGGCGUGAUAGGCGCAGGGCAGAUGGGCCUGGGAAUCGCUCUGGUUGCUUCCCGAGUGGCCGGCGUUCCCGUCACGGUGGUCGACAGCUCCCAACAAGCCCUCGACAAGGGUCUCUCCUUCGCCGACAAGUUGCUCAAGAAAGACGUCGAGAAGGAGCGCAUCAACCAGCAGGAUGCCGACGCUGCCAGGCAACGCUUGACUCCCUCCACCAAGAUGGAAGACCUGAGCGAUGUCGACAUGGUCAUUGAAGCGGUGCCGGAAAAGGUCGAGCUGAAGCGCUCCAUCUUCGCCCAGUUGGCCAAGAUCUGCCCUCCUCACGCCAUUCUCGCAACCAACACCUCCUCCAUCUCAAUCACCCUCAUCGCCGCCGCAACCACCUCCGACCCCACCGACCUCUCGGCCAGCUCGAGAGUGGUCAGCACACACUUCAUGAACCCCGUGCCCGUGCAAAAGGGCGUGGAGAUUAUCACCGGCCUUCAGACUUCCCCAGAGACCCUCGCCACCGCCGUGGAAUUCUGCAAGCGCAUGGGCAAGAUCCCCUCCGAAUCCGCCGACUCUCCCGGCUUCCUAGCCAACAGAAUCCUCAUGCCGUACAUCAACGAGGCAGUCAUCUGUCUCGAGACGGGCGUCGGCGACCGAGACAGUAUCGACAGCAUCAUGAAAAACGGAACGAAUGUACCCAUGGGCCCGCUGCAACUCGCCGACUUCAUUGGCUUGGAUACUUGUCUGAGCAUCAUGGAGGUUCUGCACACCCAGCUCGGCGACAGCAAAUACCGGCCGAGUGUGAGGUUAAGGCAGAUGGUGGACGCUGGGUGGCUCGGAAAGAAGAGUGGACGAGGCUUUUAUGAGUAUUGA